GCUGCUCCGGGAGAAGAGGAAAAAGCUGUGGCUCCCUCCUGAAUCCCGAGGUCAUGGUGAGAAAUACUGCUGAAGACUGGCACAGGCUCCUUUUGUGUUGCGCCUCUCUACCUGGAGCAUCCUUUGGCUACUCAUAUUGUUCAUCUUGGAACUGUGGCUUAUAUACUUUUUUUGCCCAGCUGUCUCUCUCACUCGCCUGGCCAACGCCACCACCACUCCACCCAAGUCAUCCAGGUGCCAUAGUUACCAAAGACCAGGACUCGACGCACUUCUCAAACUGUUCCUUUUGUAGCAAAGUGUCUCCGUGAAACUACACCUCCAGCAUCUUCUAUCCGGUUUCACGCGCUCCGCUUUUUUCCGAGGAGACAUCGUUGGGAACAGUGGUGACAUUGCUUUGGCCCCCAACCAGGCGGUCUUAGGGGCGGGGCUUGGAGAACCUACGUGAGAACAUUUGCCUCCCUACAGGUCCUGAGAGAGCUCUGAUGAGCCAGCGAGUAGGCUAGCUAAUAGGCACAACCUAGUAGCAGGUUGGAUGGAUACCUAGGUGCUGAACUGAAUCUUUGACAGGACACCCAGGUUGUGCUCCCUCUUCUACCUUGGCUCGGUUCUCUGCUGACUUGAGAGGAUACACGGAUGAGAAUCCCUAAGGAGAAGCUGCUGAGUGUGUGAUGUGCCUCCUCAAAGUGGCUACUCCUCUGCCUGGGGGACUAUGAAAGGAGGCUUGGGGGAAACAGCUGUUCCUUGCCUUUUCACACGCCUGGAAUUGGACACCAGACUCAGUGCUGGAGUGCUUGUCCAAGUUUCUCAGCACAUAUGUUGAAGAUUGUAUUCCAGGGCCAAUCAAGAGUGAAGUUCAAAGACAUACUCCUGGACUUUCCACUCCAGACUCUCAAGUUAAGUCUAGAAGUGAGGUGUGUCCUGUUCUGACUUGUUGGUCUUCAUUCAAGGACAAAACUAGCCACGGUCCACCUGACUGAUCCUUGGACCAGCAGUGGCUACAGGGUCUCUUUUAGGGAUGGAUGGCGAAGAGCUCUGAACUCCAGACAAUAAGAGAGUCUCCACAAUGGACAGAGUUUAUGAGAUUCCUGAGGAGCCAAAUGUGGUUCCUAUUUCAUCUCUGGAAGAAGAUGUCAUCCGUGGGCCUAACCCACGCUUUACCUUUCCAUUUAGUAUCCUCUUCUCCACCUUUUUGUACUGUGGGGAGGCUGCGUCUGCCUUGUAUAUGGUUAGAAUUUACCGAAAGAACAAUGAAACCUUCUGGAUGACAUACACCUUUUCCUUUUUUAUGUUUUCAUCUAUCAUGGUUCAGUUGACUCUCAUUUUUGUCCACAGAGACCUGGCUAAAGAUAGACCACUAUCAUUAUUUAUGCAUCUAAUCCUCUUGGGACCUGUUAUCAGAUGUUUGGAGGCCAUGAUUAAGUACCUUACACUGUGGAAGAAAGAGGGGCAGGAGGAGCCAUAUGUCAGCCUCACCCGAAAGAAGAUGCUAAUAGACGGCCAGGAGGUGCUGAUAGAAUGGGAGGUGGGUCACUCCAUCCGGACUCUGGCUAUGCACCGCAAUGCCUACAAACGUAUGUCACAGAUUCAAGCCUUCCUGGGCUCAGUGCCCCAGCUGACCUAUCAGCUCUAUGUGACUCUGAUCUCUGCAGAAGUCCCCCUUGGUAGAGCAGUGCUAAUGGUUUUUUCCCUGAUAUCUGUCACCUAUGGGGCUACCCUCUGCAAUAUGUUGGCUAUCCAGAUCAAGUAUGAUGACUACAAGAUUAGACUUGGACCACUGGAAGUUCUUUGUAUCACCAUCUGGAGGACAUUGGAGAUCACUUCCCGCCUCGUGAUUCUGGUGCUCUUCUCGGCCACCUUGAAGUUGAAGGCUGUGCCCUUCUUAGUGCUCAACUUCUUGAUCAUCCUCUUUGAGCCCUGGGUUAAGUUCUGGAGGAGUGGUGCCCAAAUGCCAAACAAUAUUGAGAAAAAUUUAAGCCGAGUCGGCACUCUGGUGGUACUGAUUUCUGUCACCAUCCUCUAUGCUGGCAUCAACUUCUCUUGCUGGUCAGCCAUGCAGUUGAAGUUGGCAGACAGAGACCUUGUUGACAAAGGUCAGAACUGGGGACAUAUGGGACUCCACUACAGUGUGAGGUUGGUAGAGAAUGUGAUCAUGGUUUUGGUUUUUAAGUACUUUGGAGUCAAAGUGUUACUGAAUUACUGUCAUUCCCUGAUUGCUGUGCAGCUUAUCAUUGCCUAUCUGAUUUCCAUUGGAGUCAUGCUCCUUUUCUUCCAGUACUUGCACCCAUUGCGCUCACUCUUCACCCAUAACGUAGUAGACUACCUCCACUGUAUCUGCUGCCGCAGGCACUAUCGGGAAAGGGUUGAGAACUCAGAGACAUCCUGUGAAACUGACACAAGGCAAAGUAUUGUCUGAUAUUUUUUCUGCUCCUGAACAUUAUAGGGUGGGUUUGGGGUUGACAGGAGUAACUGUGAAAUUGAAGGAGUUGGUGAGCUUCCUGUGUGUGUGUGAGUACUCACAGGAUCGUUUUCUUGACAAUUCUAGUAAGCCUAGUGAAAGAAAGAGUGACCUGCAAAUAGGUUUUACUUCUUUCUGAUUGACUGCUAUGCUUGGAUACCAGCACUAGCCACUGUGUUUUAGUUUAUCCACGUCCUAGUCAACUGGAAUAACCUCUAGGUACUUCACACAGGCUCUGAAUUUCCAGCUUUGCUCAUUUGUUUGAGGUAUUGCUGAGCCUCCCUGGGCUGAUCUGAACUCUGCCAGAACACAUCUGUACUGAUCAGGGAAUGUGAUAGCUUACUAAGAAUGAGAACCUCCCAGAAAGUAGUCUGACUGUUGUGUUGCCUUUAGCUGUGAGAGUGGCUAGAAUAUUUGUAUUUUAAUGAGGAACUGUGGCUAAGAAGAAGGCUCCAUUAUUGAAGAAAACUACUCCCCAAAUGAGUUAACCCCAUUAGUAUUUUACUGGUGGUCAUUCAGCAAAAAUUUUUCUUUUAAGACAACCUUCAUAGGCACUCCCCUUUGGAAGGUGUGCACAAUAGGAUUCCUUCCUAUAGGGAAUGAGGCAGGAUCUCGUGUAACUCGGGCUGUGCUCAAAGUCACUAUGUAGCUAAGAACGAUGUAGCUUGAACUCUUGAUCUUUCUGCCUUUACCCUCUGAGUGCUGGGAUUGCAGAUGUGUGUCACUGCGUUUGGUUUAUAUGGUGCUGAGGACUGAACCCAGGGCUAGGCAAGCACCAUUUAUGCAGUACUAAGCACUGGAACUGGAGUCAGAUAAGCACUCUACCAACUAAGACAUCCUUGGUCCCCACAACGACUCUUAAGGAACUGUGUAGGCCUCCAGCUCCAUUGAGAGAAAUGUUUGAAUGAAAUUUCUCACCUGGUGCCCCAUUAAUAGGGAUUUCCUCCAAUUCAGGUUUUCUGUCUUUGCAUUUUGUUACUUGAUGUAAACCUCAAAAAGCUAAACUGUAAUUUGAAGUGUUUUCUGAUAUGUGAAAUAAAAGAAGAUUUCUUUGUGUCUGCUA